CACUCUCCUGCUCCAUGGUGCAUUUUGGGGUGGUGAAUUAAACCAGAUCAUCUUUUUCAUCACAAAGAUUACCCCACUUCUGAAAUACUGCCUAAUCAGCACUUAAACACGCUCUGCAAAUCUUGCUGCCAGCUCAUGACACUCACAGCUGCUUCCCUGAAGAGCUCAUUUUGUUUGGACUUCCUUUUAUCGGUGCAGGUUCCUGCCAGUGAAUCAGUCUGCUGGUGGAGACAGACCAGUGACCGUGGCAGAAGGCAGAAGCCAGGCAGUCCAAGCAGAGCCCCAAGAUGUGGUGCCUCCUCGUGCUGCUCUGCUCCCAGGGAAUUGCCUUUUCAGCAGGAUUCUCAGCAGGAUUCUCAGCAGCCUCCAGUGCAGGUGUUGACACAAGCCGCUGCAAGAAGAGUCGCAACCCGGAAUGCUUCAUGAAUGUUAGUGAAAUUAUCAGGUAUCAUGGAUACCCCAGCGAGGAAUAUGAAGUUACAACAGAGGAUGGAUACAUUCUUGGUGUUUACAGAAUUCCUGCUGGGAGGAAUGACCGAAAUACAGGGCAAAGGCCUGCAGUGUUCCUGCAACAUGCUUUUCUAGGAGAUGCUACUCACUGGAUUUCUAACCUGCCCAGCAACAGCUUGGGCUUCGUGCUUGCAGAUGCUGGCUAUGAUGUCUGGUUGGGAAACAGCAGAGGGAACACCUGGUCUCUAAAACACAAGACCCUUAAGCCCUGCCAGAAGGAGUUCUGGCAGUUCAGCUUCAAUGAAAUGGGUAAAUAUGAUAUUCCAGCAGAGCUGAACUUCAUCCUGAAUAAAACUGGACUGAAGGAUGUUUACUAUAUUGGUCACUCUGAAGGGUCAACUUCAGGCUUCAUAGCAUUUUAUAUGUACCCUGAGCUGGCUAAACGAGUGAAAGUGUUCUUUGCUCUGGGCCCAGUGACUGCAUGCCCACAUGCUACAAGCCCUCUGAUUAAGAUAACAAAUCUUCCUGAACCACUGCUCAGGUUAAUAUUUGGCUGCAAAGGAGCUGCCCACCAGAUUGAGUUUCUGAAAGGACCCGUGACACAGUUCUGCACAAGCCUGGAUAAGUUUUGUGCCCAUGUUCUCUGUUACAUAGCUGGAGGCAGUGUAAAAAACAUCAACACGAGUCGAGUAGAUAUGUAUGUAGGACAUUCCCCAGCUGGGACAUCAGCGCACAACAUUUUUCAUUGGCGACAGCUGGCACAUACAGACCGGUUUCAAGCUUAUGACUAUGGCUCUAAGGAAAACAUGAAGAAAUACAACCAGACUGCUCCUCCUGAGUACAAGAUAGAGGAGAUAAAGGUGCCAACUGCUGUUUGGAGUGGUGGACAGGACACGUUUGCAGACCCAACAGACACAGCAAAGCUUCUUCCUCGGAUCACUAAUCUCAUUUACCAUGAGCAUUUUCCUGCAUGGGGGCAUCUUGAUUUCAUCUGGGGCCUUGAUGCAGCUGAGAAAAUGUAUCUGAAAAUCAUUGAAUUAUUAAGAAAAUAUUUUUGAAACCAUGAGCAGAGUGUUGAUUAUAAAAACCUCCAAAAUUUCUAUUUGGCAAUAAGGGUGGUAGCUGGGGAAGAGGUAAACACACAGGCACACAUAAUGGAUACUUCUAUAGGUAUUUAUUUGUUCUUAUUUAUUUCUUGCUUUCCUCAUUAUUUGAGUUUUUCCAUGGUGUUCCUGUGACUGCUGUCUUCCUGAGAAGUCCGAAGUAUAUAAGAAUGAAAGCUGAAAACAAGAAUACGUUGGAGUACAUAUUGCAGGGAUCAUUAAAUCUCAAAAGUUUUUAUUUCUACAAGACUAAUUUUCCUAAGCCUAAAUUCUGUUUUUUCAGAUAGAUCUUAUUUACCCAAUUGAGGCAUUCUCAUUCCCAAUUUUUGUCUUCCUAGGGAGACCCAAAAGUGUGAUUUGAUCAUUUCUCUGUUGAAAUGAACAAUUUUGUUUAAAUUAAA